CAGCUGUGACUGUCGGCGUAUAGCCCAAGCAUACCCACGAGCUUCUCUCUCUCGAUCGAGCUCAGCUAAGAAAGAGAGACUACUCCAUUCUUCCUAAUUUGGUUCAGCUUCCCUUUAACUUCCCAGAAAAAAAAUUCAGAUAACAAAUUCUCUUCAAAAAACUUCACUGUAACUUUCCUAACGUUAACUACCCUCUUUAUUUGCUGCUGCUGCCAUUAUUGUUGUUGAGUGAGGCACUGUGGGCUGAAGCCGAAGCACGAGAAUCCACACGUCGCAGCCAAGAAUUGGGAGACAUGAUAAAAAUCAGAGAAGUUUUGGCUUGUUAGCGACUCGCUCUCGGAAGCAAUGUAGAGCCAGUAAAUCGCGGCAUUGGGCACACACGACAUCUUUUUCGGCAUUGUAUUACUUUAUUCGGAAAUGAUUUCGGAGUUGCUGCCGGAGAUCGGAGAAGCAUUCUGUUUCUGUUAGGCGAUUUUUAGAGGGAGAAGGGAGAAAUGGUGUGAAAAUCAAUUGCUUGCAGUAUUUGAUUCCCGUUUUUGCCUGUGUCCUUGGUUCUGAAUUUUUGGUUGAAAGAAGUAGGCAUUUUGUUGAACUGGAUCGCGAACAAUGGAGUCUCGGAUGGAUCAGUAUGAGAUCAUGGAGCAGAUCGGUCGUGGUGCUUUUGGAGCUGCUAUUUUAGUCCAUCACAAGGCUGAGAAAAAGAAAUAUGUGUUGAAGAAAAUCAGGCUUGCGCGACAGACUGAACGAUGCAGGAGAUCUGCGCAUCAAGAGAUGGCUCUUAUUGCCCGAAUCCAGCACCCUUACAUCGUGGAAUUUAAGGAGGCAUGGGUUGAGAAGGGUUGCUAUGUCUGCAUUGUCACUGGAUACUGUGAAGGCGGAGACAUGGCUGAAUUGAUGAAAAAAUCAAAUGGGGUUCACUUUCCUGAGGAGAAACUCUGUAAGUGGUUUACCCAGUUACUGUUGGCAGUGGAAUACUUGCACGCUAACUUUGUUUUGCAUCGUGACUUGAAGUGUUCCAACAUCUUUCUUACCAAGGAUCAUGAUAUUCGCCUAGGGGAUUUUGGGCUUGCUAAAACCUUGAAAGCAGAUGAUCUGGCUUCUUCGGUGGUAGGAACUCCCAAUUACAUGUGUCCUGAAUUGCUUGCAGACAUUCCUUACGGAUUUAAAUCUGAUAUUUGGUCGCUAGGAUGCUGUAUAUAUGAGAUGGCUGCUCAUCGCCCUGCUUUUAAAGCUUUCGAUAUGGCGGGAUUAAUAAGCAAGAUAAAUCGUUCCUCCAUUGGCCCUUUGCCUCCCUGUUAUUCCCCGUCUCUGAAAACGCUGAUAAAGGGCAUGCUAAGAAAAAAUCCUGAGCACCGAUCGACUGCAUCUGAGAUCUUAAAGCAUCCUUAUUUGCAAUCUUAUGUUGAACAGUAUCGACCAUCUUUUAGUCCUCCAACAUCCUGUUCUCCUGAAAAGCCUUUUCCUGUUACCCAUGAUCCUCGAAGAAAUAUGGCCGAAAGUCAAAACAGUAGCAGUUCUAGCAGCGACAAAGAUAGUUCAAUGUCAAAUGACAAAAUCAUUUCAACAAUGGUGCUGAAAUGCAAUGUCAAAACCACAGAGACAGAUGUUGCCUACAUUGAUGAUGAGGAUGGCUCUGAGCAUAUCCUGCCUAGUGAAGAAGAUAAUAGCUCCAGCGCCAGCAAUGCCAAAGCAGAUUGCCAGGAGGUGAUGAAACCAUCAUCUAAUGAACGUCAAUCAAUUGUUGAACCUAAGCAGCCAAGAACAAUUAAAAACAUAAUGAUGGCACUAAAAGAAGGAAAGGCUAGAGAAAAUGGUUCUCCAAUGAGAGGUAACCGUAUUAAGACUGUAAGUGCAUCAACACAGAAAACAAACACAGAUACGUUGCCUAAAUUGCCGAAGCCUAGUGCUGUUGCUUUUGGUAUCAAGCCAAAUUUAGAGUCUCCAACUUUGACAUCUGCAAAGACACCCCCUGAUCCUCCAAAACGAAUGCCAAGGUCAAAUCCUUUAAAGAAUCAGGCACUACUAAUGAUGGACUCUUCACCAAAAACUAAACCCAGACAUGAUGCGACUUCCCCAUCUGGUCCUAUUAAACAAGUUGAAGGAGAUGGAGUUUCUGCCAAGGUGAGGCAAGGGAUCCCCCCUAGUUUACUUAGACAACCUUCAUUUCGAGGAGGAAUAAGGCAGGUCGGGCUUGAUGUACGCAAUGUAGCAAAUGAUACAGAGAAGUUUGGUCCGAAAAAUAUGUCUCAGGAGCCAGACAAGAGUCAUUAUAAGGUGCCCAAUGGUGAUAUGCCACGUCCUUCUAGAGAGGUUAUAGAGCCUCGGAGGGAUUCUGAAAAAUGUUCCAAAGGAAUGCAGACAGAUAGCAGCAAUUCCGUUUCAUCUUCAGUGUCUAUUCAAGGAUGUGAACUUUCUGAUGAUGCAACAAAUUUUAUUGACAUGACAGAACAGAAGCCUUCUGAUCAUGGGAACGCAACACAUAUUGACACUAUAAAGUCACAUCCAGACAAGAGUCAUUAUCACUCACCCAAUGAUCAUAUACCACGGGCUUCUGGGGAGAUUACUGAGCCUAAGAAGGCUUCUGAAAAAUGUUCCAUAGGAAUGCAGACAGAUAGCAGUAAUUCUGUUUUGUCUUCAGUUUCUAUUCGAGGAUUUGAACAUUCUGACGAUGCAACAAAUUUUAUUGACAUGAGAGAACAGAUGCCUUCUGAUCAUGGGAGUGCAACACAUAUUGAAGCUAUAAAAUCAUAUCCAGACAGCAGCCCACCUGCUACCUAUUUGUAUCGUCAGAUGGCUGAAACUAUAUCUAGGGAAGCCUCUGAACCCGCCUGGAAUCUUCAGAAUACAAUUACUAAUAAUGAGAAAGGAAGUCCCGAUUUAACUCUUGAUCACUCUGCUCAAUAUUUCAAGGAAAUAUUGGCCUCUGAAGAUAGUUUCCACAUCGAUCAGACAAGUAUAUCUGCUGCCACCUCAUGUAAUAAUAGAUCCACAAAUCCCUCUGUUGUAGCCAGCGAAGGAAUUAAAGAUCUUCAAGAUAAUACUGAGCAAGUGACUUCAACCAGCUCUCCGAAACUUCCACUCUUGAGUGCUGGAGAAAAGUUUGUUAGUGAAGAAGUCGCUCCAGUAAGCAAGCCCAAUAAUGCACCCGAAACAUCGAUCCAGCCAAAACCCGUGCUUGAGUCCACUGGUGAUGACAAGUUCACUGUGAGGGAAAGAUUGUCAUCUGUGGCUGAAACUGCUUCACCAAUAACCUCUACCAAUGGCCAAAAAGGCUCGCUCGAAGAUAAAGGAACCGUUUUGCAUAAUCCAGUGAUAGAAAGGCCAGCUGUUGGUAACCUUCCUCCAGCUUUUGAUGAUGUCAUCCAUGUUAUACGACAUAGCAGUUAUCGUGUUGGGAGUGAGCAGCCAGUAAAGGAAUCUGUGGAGAUGGGAGUUCAAAACGUGGAUGUUGGUAAAUUUCUCAAUGUUGUAAGGGAAGAUUUAGAAAUGAGAAACAUGGGCAAUCCUCCGACCCUUAAUUCUUCAAAUUGUUCUGAAGCUGGGAGCUUGAAGUCAAAAUUUUCUGAUCACUUCGACGAAAGAAGCAUGAGCACUCCUCCAUCUCUAAAAUCUUCAAGUUGUGUUGAUGCUCUGAGCACAAAACCAAGUGCCUCUGAUCAUUCCGGUGUCAAGGAACAAGGCGUGAAAAAUCUUGUUUCUCAAGUUUCCAAAUCCAAUUCCCCCGAGUUGAGUAAAUGUGACUCUUCAGUGACUGAAGAGGAAACCCCAGCAAAAGAAAUUUUGGAUGUUAAAUCAUUUAGGCAGAGAGCAGAUGCUCUUGAAGGGCUCUUGGAGUUGUCUGCAGACUUGCUGCAGCAAAAUAGGUUGGAGGAGCUUGCUGUUGUUCUAAAGCCCUUUGGUAAAGAUAUGGUAUCUCCAAGAGAGACAGCCAUUUGGUUGGCAAAGAGCUUAAAGGGAAUGAUGAGCGAUGACAAUGGUGGACGCUGAUUGAAGGAUGUUUCUUCCGCGGUAAGGUUGCAUGUCCGUAAUGUUUAGAAUUGCUUCACUAGCUCUAAGCUAUUUCGAGAACCACUUCAAUUUUAAGAGAUCAAACAGACUUUGUUUUUUCUUCCCAUCAUUUUUGUAAUUCUUUAAGUGCCGAUGCUGUUGUAAAUAUUGACCAUACAAAACUAAUAACAUGUACUUACCAAGUUACCAUAAGUUGUAUGGAUAUGAUGGGGCCUCUGUUAAAGUGAAUAUGCAAUGAUUCUGUACACUAUUUCUUCCAUCUGGAAAGCAGCCAGCUAAUCCCA